GUCUUACCUGCUCCUCCGUCUUAGGGAACCUUAUUCUCAUAAAUAAAAGCCUGAGAAAUGUCUUAUCGCAAACCUCCAAGAACAGGCUUUUUCUUCGAUCUACAGGUGUUUUUGUGUUUCCUUUGGCAUGAAGCAUCACAGUAGGAAGUACUCGCCACCGCGACACUGUGUCGUCGGGUCGCCGCAAGAGGUGCCUCAGCUGAAUCGAUUACCGACCUUUCGGGCGGAAGAAAGUAAGCUGAUGGAGAAGAAUUCACCUAAAGCCAAAUCCAAAAUGAAGGUGAAGGUGAAGAAGAGAGCUUCGUCUCCCAAAAGGCCGCGCGUCUCUCCAAAGCCCGUGCAAAGCGACGCGCUUCCGAAGGUGGCGGAGAACGGAGGAGCCGGACAGCGGUCCAGAAAGAGGGGCUUCAAACCCCCAGAUGUGAGGACGAUAUUCGACCCGCGUGUGAAGGUAGAGAGAGGAGAAGGACACACGUUUUGUGAGGACGCGACGCACGCUUGGUGCGAUGUGUGCUGCUCGUAUAUCUUUCAAAAUGGCUUGACAUGCACAGGUUGCAAAUACACAUGUCAUGCUCAGUGUCGUGACCAGGUGGCGCUAGACUGCCAUCAGAACGGAUCCUUUAAUGGCUGCCCACUCAGUGCUCUUGCUCAGGACCAUCUUAACAACAACCAGUCCUCACACGGCGAUGUGGAGAAAGAGAAAGAACUGCGCACUCAUCUCACUCACGAGGAGAUCAGACAGAAGGUCGAGCAGUACAACGCAGAUUCACGUGACCACUUUAAAAUGACACUGAGUGCUAACGGCAUGUACACAGGCUUCAUCAAGGUGCAGAUGGACCUCCGGAGGCCCAUCACAGUGAAAGGAGGUGGGGCUGGAGGGCUCAAAGGUCAAGAGGCAUUUUACCUUCCGCGCGGCUCCAUAAACACCCUGCACAUCAGCAGCACUAACACGGUGCGACAGGUGAUCGAAGCCCUGCUGAAGAAGUUCACCGUGGCCGACAACCCCGCCAAGUUCGCCUUGUUCAAACGCUUCAGCAGAGAAGACCAAGUGUACACCUGUAAGCUGGCAGAGGAAGAACACCCUCUGUUCCUGCGUCUGGUGGCGGGACCCAGCACUGACACGCUCAGCUUUGUCCUAAAGGAGCAGCAAACCGGUGAAGUCAUGUGGGAUGCCUUUUCCAUCCCCGAACUGCAUAACUUCCUCCGAAUCCUGGAUAAAGAGGAACAGGACCAGGUCUCUUCAAUAACCAGACGCUACAACACCUACAAAGAGAAACUGGAGGAGGCCAUGAGAGCAGUGGGCGGCCCGGGAUAAAGCUUACAUGCCGAGAGAAGGAACUGUAGCACUGCUGCCUCUAGUGGUCACUGUCUGUAAUGAACACUAUUAGGUGUCACUGUGCCAAGUGAACACCCUGUCUCAGAAACUCCGAGGAGAGCACUGACCUCCCAGAAUGCACCUCAGGUGCCAUAUUUACCCCUCCGCCCUCGUGAUCUUUCACAGUUUCGGCCGUCGCAGUUAUUUCUGUAUGUUUUCUGUUCUUUUACCUCCUGAAGUUGUGAACGACGCAAACGUGAAAUAGUUUUUUUUUUUUUAUUUAAUUGUUGGAUGCUGUGGUUUGUAAAUAUUUCUGUUAGUUGUUUUAAUUUAUGUGGGUGAAGUUUUAUUCUUUUGUUUAUUUUACUGAAAGAGUCUUAUUUUAUUUCAAAUAUGCUUAUUGACCAGAAACUGAUGGAAUUGGGGAUUGUUUUUGUUUUAUAUUAAAUACCAGUUGACUCAUAAUGUGCCCUACCAAAGAUAGUGUUGGCAUUUGACAAAUGUAGCAUGAGACCAAACGGGACAGGAAGAGCAUGUUUGUGAUGGAGAAGAUUGAAUGUGAUGUAGGGGAGGAAAUGAAGACUAAAGCAAUGUAGCAUGUCAUAAUCAUUAGUUGCUGAACGGAUGGUAUAAAUGCAAAUUAGAAACCAAA